GUGGAUCUCUCUUACUGGGCACGUUUCGUUCCUGAAGUCUUGGGCCACCAGAUGGCGCCUUGAGGCCGCAGUGUGUUGUGGGGGACUUGAGACCAGACGCGACGCCAUCUUCAAUAUCCCCAGUUGUUCUAUAAUCGGUGUGUUAGCUGUUUUACGUAACUGAAUUGACGUUGACAUUACAAAAAUCAUGGGAAGAAAGAAGAAAAAGCAAAUGAAGCCUUGGUGCUGGUACUGCAACAGAGAUUUUGAUGAUGAAAAGAUUCUCAUUCAGCAUCAGAAGGCCAAACAUUUCAAGUGCCACAUCUGUCAUAAAAAGCUGUACACUGGGCCUGGGCUUGCAAUCCACUGUAUGCAGGUACAUAAAGAGACCAUAGAUGGAGUCCCUAAUGCAAUCCCUGGAAGAACCGAUAUUGAGCUGGAAAUAUAUGGCAUGGAGGGUAUUCCCGAAAAAGACAUGGAAGAGAGAAGAAGAGUGCUAGAGCAAAAGAACCAAGAGACUCAAAAGAAAAAGCAGAACCAGGAUGACUCUGAUGAGUAUGAUGAAGAUGACGAACCUGGUCCCUCUUUCCAGCAGCCUUCUGCAGGCCAGCCACAGGCAGGCUACAUACCCCCUAUGACCCAGCCGAGCAUGCCUGGCUCUGGUGCUUCAGGGAUACCGCCAGGCAGCUACUCAGGAAUUCCCCCAAUGAUGCCAGGUGUGCCACCAAUGAUGCCAGGAAUGCCCCCUGUAAUGCCAGGAAUGCCUCCAGGGAUGAUACCAAUGGGUGGGAUGAUGCCUCCAGGCCCAGGGAUGCCACCAAUGAUGCCAGGUGUGCCACCAGGCAUGCCUCCUUCUGUGGGCCACUGUCCAGGCAUCACGCACAUGGCUCAGGUUCCCUCUGCUGCAAACAUGCUGACUAGACCUGCUGUCCCUGCUUCCACUGCCCCCUCAGGCCAGCUUGAUGUAACAAAGCCUCUUUUUCCCAUUGCUGGACAGAUGGGCAGUCGUGUUGCAAGUACAAGUGAAGGCUCAUCCAGUGCAGACUCACAGUUCGCCUCCCCUAAAGCUCUGUUCCCUGUCACAUCACAAAGUCAGCAGUCAGGGUCCCCCCACCCUCCUUCCUCUGAUCCCUCAAAGCCCACAUUCCCAGCCUACACUCAGACCACCGUAGCUGUGGCCAGCCCCAAUGCUGGCAGCAGUACGGUCUCCAAACCCCCCUCUACUGUGACCAGUAAGCCUGCCACCCUCACCACCUCCAGUGCAACUAGUAAGUUGAUCCACCCUGAUGAGGAUAUCUCACUGGAAGAGUUACGUGCUCAGUUGCAGAGGUACCAGCGCAGUAUUCCCCGCCCUGCCCAGAACACCGCUGCUGCCCCACCAGUGAGUUCUGUGGGUGGCAUGAUGGCUCCUCAGCAGCCCAGCAUGAGGCAUUCCAUACCUGGCCAGUACGGUGGUCCACCCCAGGGGCUGCCAGGCUACAUGCCAGGAGGGAUGCUUCCGUACGGACAAGCUCCUCCUGUGGUUCCCCCUGGGUACCAGGGAGCCCCUCCACGGCCACCCAUGGGUAUGAGACCCUCUGUCAUGUCUCCUGGAGCCCGCUACUGAAGCCUGCCAUCUUCAAUAGGUUUGGACACUCAACCCUUUUCUAAUGUCCUCAGCUGCUAGUAGACAAACCAGUAUUGGUAUUUUAGUACCACAACGUACUGUUUAUUCUACUACUGAGCUAUGAGGAAGAGACACUGAAUAAACAGACAAAAGAAUCACAGAGCGCAUGGGAAAUAUUUACACUGUACCUAACCAAGACUAUGAACUGUUGUUUCAAACCCUCUCUGUUCUGUGGCUUUUUUUCCUUCUCAUGUUUCAUUCAGGUUUAUAGAAGUGUAGUAGAUAUGGUUCGUAGUGUUGUGAAGGCGCUGGAGUUACAUGGGCAGUACCAACCUUUAUCAAGGCAAGUUUUAUGUAAAUACAUUUCUGUUCUAAGCUUAACAGUGAGGCCUUCACAGCACGUAGUGCUGUUGGACUUUGUGUCCCCAACUUUGUUUGGUGAGGGCUUCAAAUAACUUAAUUUAUUAAUUCUGUUUUAUGUGCAUAGUUUUAAUGAAGAAGUACUCCCAUAACCAUAAAUAGUUGAACUAUUAAACAAAGUGAUAUAUGUAUUGUUGUAAAACUGUAUUGUAAUAAAAUGUGGCAAACAUGUAAGACUCUUCUUUGCGGGAUGUUAGUGGGAAAAGAGACGUCAAUGCAGGUUUGUACUCCAGUUGAAAUAUGUUGGUUAAUGUUUUCUUUCGGCUAGAAAUAGUAUAUUGAUUUUUGUUUUUAUUGAUGCUUUGAACAUGGCAAGUGCAUUGUACAGCUGCAUAAUUCCGGGUCGCUGUAGCGCUAAAACCCAGAUUUCUCUUCUCCCUGUAGCGAUGCCAUGGGGGACUGGCUGAGGCCCUGUCUCAGUGUAGUCCUGUUUCAGCCUGAGGCAAGUCUCACCAUUUUCUGUCUUCUCAUUCAUUACCAGGGGCCCUCACAGCUUACAUGCUGUUGGAUCUCAAUGUCCCCAAACUUGCAGCAAGUUUGGUGAAGGCCCUUGUUUGUGUUUAGGCACCAUUUUCUUCAGGCAUGUAAAUUAUGUUCUUGAUUGUUGACCUCUAAUGUGUCAUUGAACUUGUAUCCUCCAUUCUUCGUUGGUGAGAGGAUCAGGAAGCUCAGUUUUCAUUUAAUAACUUUAUACUGAAAGUAUGUAGCUUUUAAUUGAAACAGUGUUCCUUAAGAAGCUUUUUAUUAAAGCUAGUUCUACAGUCAACAGCAGUUUACUACCUACCAUAUUAAAGCUUGGUCAAAAGUCUGUCACAUACAAAUACAUUACAUUUUUGUGAUGAACAAAUGACUUCAUAUGAAUGUGGAAAUUUCUUUACUACUUAAUCCUGUUUGUUUCAUCAGCCAUCCUCACUUGAUCAUGUGAGUUUAACUACUUACAUGAAGGAGAAUCCCUACCAAUAACAGGUUAGUUAAAUCUGUAAGUACCACUGCUGUAACCUGUAUUUUAUGUGCUCACACAAUUUGAUCUUAUCUGUCACCUUUUAAAAACAAUUAAGCAUUCUACAUUCAUAGCAGCCAAUCAUUCAAUAUGAUCGAGGAAUAACUCGGGGUAGAAAAUGUGUGCAACACAUUUCUUUCAACUAGUUCCUCUUAAUGUGAUCAGCAUCUAUAGUUUUUGAUGGGAAUAACCUCCAUUUAAACUAAUGAUUUAAUGCUUUGCUUGAGUAUCAAAAGCAGAGUCUUCACUGGUAAGUAUGGGCUCACUACUUCUGUUUAAUGUGCUGACAGGGCUGCGGGUCACCCACUGUGCCAGGUUAAAGGGGUACAUCAGUUUUUAUUUUGCUGGAAAUUGUUGAUACACAGUAUUGUCCACACAGGCUUGUUCAUUUUAAAUUGUUGUUACUUUACACUUUGACUAUAUUUUUAAAUGUGUGUAGUUUUAUUUUGUAUGUAGCCUAUAUUUAGAGGUACAAUUUAUUUUAAGGAAGUUUGGAAACCUAUUAAACGUGUAUGAUGUCCCUGUGUUGUGAUUGGUAGGUCUAUUUAUCUUUUACAUAAACAUUUUAAAAACAGGAAUGUCAGAAUCUGUAAUGUUAGUAAUUAGAAUAGCUUGAACAUUGUUUUCCAAUACUCAUCUACUUUGACAUUUGUGCAUCACACUACAUGCCACCUCUAAGUGAAUGUUCCACUUGAUCACCCCAGUCCAAGUCUGGCAUGUAUUCUAAUUCUCAGUUUAUAUUGAACAAUUGUGUCUGCUAAAGAAUACAGUCAAUUGAAACUAUACAUUUGUCAGCUUGUAGGUAAAGCUUUGGAAGAGUUUUUUCUGGUUGUAAGUUGAAGUGAAACACUGACGCUUAAAUGUUUUAAGCUCAGUCCCUCGAAGCAUAACUGGAUUUUGAUUUGUGAUGAAUGUGCCACUGUCUGAAUGUAUGCCUUUUUAAUCAUUGAAUAAAGCAAUUCAUUAACUCUU